AAGAAAAAGUAUAAGUGUGUGAUGGAGGUUUCUUUCUAGUUCAAGAUAACAACAACAUGUUCCCGGUCUUCAACCCCGUGCUGCAGUCACCAGCGACCAACCAUGUCUCAUCUCCAGUCUCUCUGGCGCCAUCCUUCACUCGUCCCAGCCGUGGAGUCGCUACAGCUUUUCCAUUGCCCCAGCUGCAGUCGCUCAACCAAACGUCGGUGCCACAAGCUGCUGCCAAACUUCGCCAUUCUCAACCUCAACAUUCUUAUUAUCACCAUCAACUGCAGCAUUUUCCCAAAUCAUCCCAGCAGCAGCAACAGCAGCAACAACAACAGCAGCAGCAGCAGCAACAACUCCAGCAUCACAGACAACAGCAACAGCAGAUACAGUUGCCACAAAUACAUCAUCUACAGCAGUUGAAGCAGCAACAACAACAGCAGCAUCAUCUGCAGCAGCAGAAACAUCAACAAGAAGAACAUAAGCUACUCUCACAGUCACCCCAUCAUGUGUCACUACCAUCACAGCAUCAUCAACAGCAUCAUCAUCAACAACAACAACAACAACAUCACCAUCACCAACAACAACAACAGCAGCAGCAACAACAACAACAGCAGCAGCAGCAGCAACCAAUGUUUCGAGUGUAUUCUCCUAUUCAAGAACCAGGUGAAAUCUUGUUACCUCCCCUGCAGCCAGUCAACCAGAAACAUCUGUUAUCAUCGGUGCAUGAAAAUGUAUUGAUGCCUCACCAAGACCAGCCACAGCAAUGUCAAGAUGGCCAGAAGAAAGCUAUACCUCAGACAAACCCUGAACCACAAUCAAAAGAAAUUGAGAAGGACCACAAGAGUACCCAGGUACAAUCCCAUGUCAAUACGACAGUUGGCUAUCAAAAGGUGGAGAAGACAUGUCCAAUGCGAUUCAUUGAUUUAUUGAAGAAUUUAAGCCACGUUGAAGGUACAAUUGCUUGGUGCAUGGACCUAGGCCUGAUUCCGUCAUCUCAUACGUGUCACCGGUGUGGUGCAGUGAUGCAGCUAAAAUCUUGUCCAGCUUCUGUGACAACUGAUGGUUACAUAUGGCAGUGUAACAAACAAAAAUCUGGUAUCAAGUGCGACACUUCUCGGUCACUGCGAGCGGGCAGCUGGUUCUCCCAGAGCAAUCUGACUCUUGAAGAGGUUCUACAGAUCACGUAUUGGUGGACCCAAUGUGUUUCUGAAGACUUCCUUGUUUACCAAACUGCAGUUAGUAAACCAUCUGUUCUUGAUUGGUGCAACUAUUGCCAGGAACUCUGUUUGACCUACUUGAUGAAACAGAGCCAAUGCAUCGGAGGACCAGGGACAGUUGUAGAAAUUGAUGAAGCCAUGUUUUAUGGUCGGAAUGGUCAUCGUUUGUCUGGUCAGUGGAUUUUCAGUGGCAUUCAACAGAAAAGUAACUGGUCUUGCUUUAUCUUCCCUGUUGGAGAAAAAACAGAUGGAACUGGUCUUAUAGAGGUUAUUGAACGCUGGGUGAAACCUGGCACGACAGUCCUGUGUAACUGGAACCCUACUGACCGCCUCACUGACGACGGACAUACAUACCUGAAGUUUACAUACAAUAUGACCUUCAAGUGUGUGGAGGAGAUGGAGGUGAAUGAUGGAUGCAUCAAUGAGAAUGGUGAUUUGUCUCUGAAGGACACCCCUGUGAUUGCAAAGAAUUUCUGGAAGGAAAUUCGUGCAUCUUCCACAUCAACAGAUAAUGCGACCUGUGAAACGAUAACAUUUGAUAGUGCAAUGGCAGAAAGUAUCUGGCGUAAACAACAAGGAGAAGAAGAUAUCUUUCUUUCAUUUAUCAAAGCUGUUAAAUUUGCCUAUAGUUAGUGACUAGGUUAAGCUGGAUAAUCCUUCCAAAGGUGAGACUUUGAGGUCAGUUGUGAGGAAAAAAGAACAAAUAAAAAAAAAUUAUUGCACAAAUUUGGUCAUGAUUUGAGGGGAACAUUGAAGAGAAAGUGACAUUUGGCAUCGUGUGAUGGGAGAAAGAAAUAGAAGGAAUUCCUCAAAGAUUCCCACUUCUUAGCCAUUGAUGCCACUGUCUGUCGGCGGCAUUCCCCACCCCUAGGAAAUGUCAUCAUGUGUCCCCCCCCCACUACUUUCAAUAUUGGUGGAAAGGCAUGUUCAUCACCAGACAUUCUUCACAUAUUGUUUUGGAAACAAACAAAAAAAAAAUAUAUUACAUAAACUUACCAAAUCUCUAUGACUUCUUCAGACUUUCCAUUACCUGACAUUUUAUGAAGA